UUACCACGUAGUUCAAUAUGAAGAAAGCGCGGGAACCAGCUGGCCGCCUGUGUACCCGCAGUGUUGUGUGAGACAUCGUGAAGGAUAUUUAGUAAUUAUUACAGAUAAACAGAAAAUAUGGCUGCCCGAGGCAAAGUGCUGACUGAGGAGGAACUUGUGGAGACGAUGAACAAAUCUGGUUUCCUCUCAGUAAAUGAUAGCUCAGAUAGUGAGUGUGUUGAUGACCUGGAAGAAUUUAGAGAUAUUGAAAGUGAUGUGGAAGACAAUUUAGAGGCACAAACUCUCUAUGAUAGUGAUGAAGAUCGAGAGUAUGUGCCAGAGACUGACUCGGAAAGUGAUAGUGAAGGGGAAGAUCUUCAGAGAAGGAAGAUAAGGAGAAUGUUCACGUCCACACCAAGAAAAGGUCGUGCCUCUGCCACAACCUCUGCUGCUAUCCCUGCUGCCAGUACCUCUGCUGCUGACCCUGCCACUAUCUCUACUGCUGCUGAUCCUGCCACAACCUCUGCUGCUGUCCCUGCUGCCAGUACCUCUGCUGCUGCUCCUGCCCCUGCAACUUCCGCUGCUGCUGCUGCUGCCACCCCUGCCAGGGGUGUACGGAGGGGAAGAGGCCUCCAGGAGGCUGAUGUUCCACCUGUCGUCGACUUCAACAGGACGACCAUUUCCUCCAGAAACAAUUUUAGGUGGAGCUGUCAACCUCAGCACAGUCAUGCACACAGGAGGUUGUCAAGAAACAUCAUGGGAAGAUAUACUCCAGGGCCAGCUCAUGAGGCAAGGGGUGUAGUUGACCCUGGGGAGGCAAUCAAACUUUUUGUGACUGAUGCCAUUGUUCAGGAAUGCGUCACCUGGACAAACAAACGCAUUCAACUUACUGCAGGAAGGAUGGCAACUCAAAGACAAGCAGGCACAUAUGGUCCUACAGAACCAAGAGAGAUAUUAGCACUCCUGGGAGUGCUAAUAGCAGCAGGGCAGCAGAGGGAUAACCAUCUCUCCCUUCUUGAGAUGUGGAGUGCCGUCACUGGGUGUCCCCUGUAUCGAGCAGCAAUGUCCAAGGGGAGGUUCGAGUUUCUGGUCUCCUGUCUGCGGUUUGACAACCCAGACACGCGUGUGGAGAGGCUGAAAGAGGACAAGUUUGCCCCUGUGAGGAAAGUGUGGGACAUGUUCAUCGACAACUGCAGGCGGCUGUAUGUCCCACGCGAGAACCUCACUGUGGAUGAACAACUGUUGGGGUUUAGAGGGAAGUGCCCCUUCAGGAUGUACAUUCCCAACAAACCUGCAAAAUAUGGCAUCAAGCUCGUCCUCAUCUGUGACGCCAGCACCAAGUACAUGCUUGGUGGCAUACCCUACCUUGGCAAGCAGGGGACAAGGCCACGGGAUGGGGUCAACCUUGGUCAUUAUUUGACAAGAGAACUGACCAGGCCAUACCACGGCUCCAAUAGAAAUGUGACCACGGACAACUGGUUCACAUCAGUGCCUCUCAUUGUUGACCUCCUCAACAACUGUGGAAUGACACUUGUUGGCACAAUGAGAGCAAACAAGCCUGAAAUUCCCAGUGAGAUGAAGACCAAGGAAACAAGACUCCAUGGAUCAAGUGCCUUUCUGUUCACCAAUGCGAUGACGUUUGUGUCGUAUGUGGCAAAGACUUCACGAAGAAACAAGAAGAUGGUCCUACUCAUGUCAUCCCAGCACACCCAGCCUACCAUUGCACCAGGGGGCAAGCCAGAGAUCAUAGAGUUCUACAAUUCUACAAAAGGAGGGGUCGACACAUUCGACCAAAUGUGUGCCACAACUUCCUGUUCAAGAAAGACACGACGCUGGCCCCUCUGUGUGUGGUAUGGCAUUCUCAAUGCUGCGACCAUCAAUGCCUUCAUCGUCAGCAGCGAGAAUCGGGCAAGGGCAGGCACCAAACUACUGGCAAGGAGGACCUUUAUGAUGGAUGUGGCGAUGGCACUCAUCACUCCCUGGGCCCAAGCACGUCUGUCAACACCAUCCCUGUCCCGAAACCUUCGCAACUUGAUAGACACUGUCUGUGAGCUGCCAUCAGACGGUAUUGCUGCUGGGACACCAGGGACAUCCUUUGCAGACAGCCGCUCCCCCCUGGUACGCUGUUCUGAGUGCUCUAGUAGGGCAGACAGGAAGACCCGGCACCGAUGCAACAGGUGUGCCCUACCCAAGUGCCCUCGACACCUGUACCCUGUCUGUGGUAACUGCGUAUAAGAGUUUCCGGUGGUAGUAGUGGGCUUAGGCGACCUGUACCCCAUCGGGGAUGACUGCUUAUGAAAGUUACCUGUGGCAGUAGUGGGCUGCAACUGACUGAGGCGAGGGGCCAACUACCUAGUAACUAGUGUACCAAAGGAGAAGUCACCAGCUGCAGUACUUUUUUUUUGGAAAUUUUUUUCUAAACACUUUUUCAAAUUUAGUCAAAUUUAGGUUAUUCCUUAUUAAGGUCAAUAUCAAUAUUAAAAUAAAGUACAAUUUAAGUUUAUAAGUUUAUAAUCUAUAGUUUAAGAGUUCCUUUUUCACUGUAAAACUUGUAAUAAACCUUAAUUGAAAACUAC